UUUUCAACGUAGCACACACUCGGUAUCUUGUAUCCAACAUGAAUUUGCGUCCCCUCCGUUGCAUUGAAAGUCAUGGCAGGUCCUGAUCUGGUAAAAACUCUCCUGUACACCGUCAAUAAUCUCCUACAGGAGGAGAAGUACAGAGCUGCAUUGGCUGUGCUGAAAGGAUUCAGAAACGGCGCUGUAUAUGGGGCAAAGAUCAGAGCUCCACAUGCCCUGGUGAUGACAUUUCUGUUUAGAAAUGGCAGUUUAAAGGACAAGCUCAAAGCCAUUUUGAAGGCCACGUACACCCACUCCCGAAACCUGGCGUGCUUUGUGUUCACGUACAAAGGACUACAAGCCUUGCAGCAGAAGAUCCAAGGAAAGAGCUUACAGUCUCACUCCUUUCUGGCUGCCUGCGUUGGAGGAUGGUUAGUGUUUGGAGACAAUAACAACAUUAACAGCCAGAUCAACAUGUAUUUGCUGUCCAGGAUCCUCUUCGCCCUGUCCCGGCUGGCUGUAGAGAAAGGAAUUAUCCCUCAGCCCAAGCAAGACCCCUUCCCGCUCUUUGCCACACUGGUUUGGGGCAUCGUCUUGUGGCUCUUUGAGUAUUACCCCCACACUCUUCAGCCCUCUCUGCAGUCCUCCAUGAACUACCUCUACCACGACAGCAAUGUGUGGCACGACAUCUCAGACUUCCUUGUUUAUAAUAAACCACGGACUGCUUCUCAGAAAUGAAGUUUUAGAUUUUCUCUUUAUUGAAAGGUUUUCCAGAAUUAUUAUUUUUUUGUAAUGAUCAAAUAUUCCAAAUCUAGCUAUUGAUUGUUACCUUUUAAAUUUAUUGCAGAAUCAUAAUUUGUGUUGUUGGAGGCCUUAUUUUAUGUUUUCAUUCAAUGACAUUUUUUUCUGUGCCAACUUGCACCAAAUUUCCAACUACAGAGCUAAACCAGUGUUUUUGCUGUUACUUUAAAUGGCAUUUGCAUCUACCUGAUUGGAUUUUCUCUUGUUUGUAUAUUGAUUAAAUGUCUAAUUUGUUUGAUUGUGUCACAAAAAAACAGACAAAUGCUGACCAAUGCAGUACAGGCUGAAAUGCUGUUAUCUACUGUAAACAUGUAGCUACAGCGCCAAUAAACAAAGCAAUAUGGGUAAUGUUAUAAUAGACUGAUGUACAUUAAGAAUAAAAGCAUUUGUACAUUUCCAGUUGGAGAUUAAGAUCAUAGCAACAAAUGAAGCCCUACAAAAGACAUUUUUUGUGUCUGCAGCACAUGCACAAAAAAUACUGGAUGUGCAAGUCAAAGUUUUUGUUGUUUUAUUUGGGUGUGCCGUUGUAUAAAAUGAUGAGGGCUGAUUGAAAUCCUGUUGCAGUCCAACCCGUUUUCACUUUUCUUUAAAUGCUGAAUCAUCACUUCUGAAGAAAAUUACCUUUAGAACUCUGGCAGUGGUCUAACAUGUAGCCAAUGUUUCUUUCUUUUUUUUCUGGAAAGAUCUACUUGACUGCCUAAAUAAUAGUUUUCAUAUUUGUUUUUUCAUGGGUGAUUUUAAAGCUCUCCUUCAGACAUGAUUGAAAACAUACACUGUAAAUCUAAUCUGCUAUGAAAAAAAAAUAUAUAUAUAUAUAUAUA